ACAACAAGACUCUACUUGGGGUCGCGGCGUUGUACUUCCGGUCGGGCGGGCAGCGCGUGUUUGUGUGCGCUUGCGAACGCUUUUGUGACGACAAGCUCGUAAUCAAUAUAACUUCUAAUCUCACUUGAAUUAAGAGGCAAUGAGUUUACCACUGAACCCAAAGCCAUUCCUGAACGGUCUGACCGGCAAGCCGGUGAUGGUGAAGCUGAAGUGGGGCAUGGAGUACAAAGGCUACCUGGUGUCCGUGGAUGGUUACAUGAACAUGCAGCUGGCCAACACAGAAGAGUAUGUGGACGGAGCUUUAGCCGGCCAUCUUGGCGAGGUCCUUGUCAGGUGUAAUAAUGUCUUGUACAUCCGAGGCGUAGAAGAGGAGGAGGAAGACGGUGAAAUGAGAGAGUAAUUCCACAGACGAUUGUAGUCGAGUUUAAAGUGUGCUUGUGUUUUCACCAUGUGAAACCAAAUGUGUGCGAUCCUGAUUUGUUUAGUUAUUUUUUUCUUUUUUGUACCGAGAGACCAACUCUUUGUUGUGAUACAGGCACAAUAAAAUGAUUAUUGUACUCUUUCUUAAA